AUGUCCCGCCCAUCCUCGCUUACUGUUGACGCAGUGCAGCUCGACGACGAGGGGAUUUACCGCUGUAGAGUCGACUUCAAGAACUCCCCAACGAGAAAUUUCCAAAUUCGUCUCAAUGUUGUUGUGCCCCCACACCAGCUGCUGUUAUACGAUGAAGAUGGUCGGGACGUAGCUGGCGUUGUUGGUCCUUUAGAAGAAGGUGGCAACUUUACACUUCUGUGUGAGUUAAGAGGAGGUCGUCCUCAACCAACGUUGACUUGGUUAAUAAACAACAAGUCUAUCGAAGACCACACGAUUUUGAAGAAUGAUGGUAAGGUGAUCAUCAGCAAGAUCAAUAUAGGAGGUGCAGAGAGGAGCUGGUUGAAUACGACCAUACGUUGUCAAGCCACCAACACUCCUCUACUGAGUCCCCAUGAACGGACUGCAAGAGUUGAAAUGCAUCUUCGACCCACAUCAGUGUACAUUGUUGAAAAACCCGGUCAGAUGUCUGCCGAUACGGAGGUGACGUUGGUGUGCGUUUCACAUGGUAGCAGGCCACCAGCGCAAAUCACUUGGUUCAGGGAAAAUAGACGAUAUACACGAGGAAAGCACACUGACUUUGCGAAUGAGACAUCGACAAUCAGUAGACUGGCCAUGCUGCCACACCCGGAUGACGACGGCGCUGUAAUAAGGUGUCGCGCUGACAAUCCCGUUCUGAGAGUGGCUUUAGAAGACUCUUUCAGGAUGAGUGUUGUUUACAGACCAGUACUAACAAUGUCACUGGGUAGUACUCUCAACCCAAAUGAUAUUAAAGAAGGUGACGACGUUUACUUCGAAUGCAACAUCAAAGCAAAUCCAAAAGAGCACCGCAUCUCCUGGUAUCAUAACGAUCAACAAGUCAUUCAAAACAUGUCGUCAGGUGUCUUCAUUAGCACGAAAUCUCUUGUAUUGCAGAGGGUAAUGAGAAGGGAUGCAGGGCUGUAUACUUGUAGAGCAGCAAAUCAGAUUGGAGAAUCUAGUAGUCAAGCUGUAUAUCUCAGAGUGCAGUAUGCGCCCGUCUGUGAGCAACCCUCGACACUAUUAAUUGGUGCGAGACUGGACGAAUCCCUCCGCGUCCGUUGUACGGUUACCGCGGAUCCUGCGGAAGUCAGUUUCUAUUGGCAAUUUAACAACAGCGGAGAGAGUUUUCAAGUGUCUCCCGCUAGAUAUGUUUCGACAGGUGGCACGGCCAGUGAGUUGCGAUAUCGAGCGGCUAGCGAGAGAGACUACGGUGCGUUACUGUGCAGAGCGUCCAACGCCGUCGGUCGACAGCAAAAACCGUGUGUCUUUCAGAUUGUACCAGCUGCCCGUCCAUCUCCACCAAAAAAUUGCACUGCGAAGAGAAUAAUAAAGAAUGGUGAAACCUACCUCUCAGUACAAUGUCAGGCGGGAUACGAUGGUGGACUUACACAGCACUUCACUUUAGAAGCUCUAGGUGAUACUGGAAGAGUGUUGGUCAACGUAACUGCUGAACAAAAUGAUUUAGUUGUGUGGUUGAACAUCAGCCUAUUGGAGCUUGAUACUUUAAGAGAAGACGAAACACUGGCUGUAAUAGCUCGGAAUAACAAAGGUGCAUCGGAUCCCGUAAUUCUACGAGAACUAGUUUACAGAGAUGCUGCAAAGCAAACAGAGAACACAACUCGAUCAGAUUCACGAUUCCCAGCUGCAGCAGCUUGUGCAGCAUUAGCGGCUAUUCUUACUGCGAUUGGAGCUAUUGUAGUACUUAUUGUGAAAAGACGUAGCGAGAGGACUUCAACGAGCAAAAGGCCUUCUCAAAGUGUGGUGCAAGUGGAUGCCAACGGCAGACGUUUCUUAAUUGCCUACCCUGCGCCAGCUGAAAAGAUGGAAACAAAACCAGAUAUUCUUAAUCCAAAAUCCGAGAGCGAGCCCCCGCGUGUAGUGUUGGAGUCCAGUGACAGCAAAAGCUAUACUCUUCGAGAUAUCCACAGCGAGGGCCACGCUUCGGAACCCUACAGUCAACAUCUCUCUCACGACGAUGUGAUUCCACUGAGAUAA